UGGCGAAGUAGAAAAUAAACAUCGAAAAGUGCAACUGGAUUUGUCAAAGAAUCCUGAUGAUCGAAAGUCUAUCGGAUGGUUUCACGAUGGUAUACUUACGAUCGAUAUUAAUGGAAUUGAAGUAUGUGUAGGGAUUUUAGAAGUUGCCGGAAAUGCUGUUGUAACUGAUCAUACUAAAUUUCUGGGGGAUCAGAAGAAAAUGUUAAAGGCAAUGUGUUUGACUUUUCAUGAACUUUAUAUAAUGACGGAAUUGCUGAUAAAAAAGGCGAAAAUAUAG